UGGGCACUGGUGGCACUGGUGGGCACAGGUGGGUGGCACUGCUGGGCACAGGUAGGUGGCACUUCUGGGCACAGGUGUGUGACACUGCAGAGUGGCACAGGUGGGUGCACUGCUGGGCACAGGUGGGUGCACUUCUGGGCACAGGUGGGUGAUCUGCUGGGCACAAGUGGGCGGACCUUGCGGGUGGCACUGCUGGGCACCGAUCAUCAGGGCACUGAUCAUCAGUGCCCUGAUGAUCGGUGCCGAUCCCCGCUCUGACAACUGCCGGUUCUCGGCAGUACUUUCCUCACGAUCUGACAGCGUGAGGAAAGUGCAGCCGAGAACCGGCACUUGCAU